CGUGUGUAAACGGACAACGAAUUUUAUGAUAUUUUUGCAAAUUUAAAAUUUUGUCUUCGAGUCGUUUCGUUUGAAAUUGUCGGAAUAUUAAAAGUAGGUGGGUUCGAAUUUAAUCGCCGACGAGACGACGUAACGUUCGCCGCUCGACUUUGCUAAUGCUGUAAUAGCUGGCACGUUUGUGUUUUUACCCAAAGUACCUAAAUUGUAUUUCGAUAAAAAUUCAUAAAAAUAUUCCAUCGACGGCAAGGCAAGAUGGAUCGUUCGGAACUAGUGUCCGAAUUCGAAGACAUGGGAUUGUCCAUACCCGAUUCGACCAUUGACGAUUGCAUAAUAGUAUGUAUCACACACAAAAUAACGCCGUCGGAUUUUGUCGGUUCCUGGGUGGCUUAUUGCGCAACGGCUCAAAUAGAUGCCAACGUUUUGGACAAAGACAAGCUCAAUUCUUUGAUCAAAACAUUUAAGAUAGAAGAUGAAUAUAAGAUAACAGAAAAGAAAUACUCUGGAAGAAAUUCCAUUGAUAUAAAACCGGACUUGAAGGAACUGCAGUCUUCGCUCAACAGUUCGGCGUCAACAAAAAAUACACGAGGAACCGAUUUUAUAAAAAUCGAAAACGAAUUCAGCGUGUCCAAUAUUAUCGAUGGCGGUGCCGACAUCAAACAGGAAAACUCCUCCUCGGGAGAUGUGGCUUGCGAUUUCGGUCGGGGAAACGUGGUCGAGAGCAGCCCGUCGAUUUCGGUGGAGUCGUUGCAGUUGUCCAACCAAGAAUCGUGGAAAAACUUCAUCUUCGGCCAAGUCAACUACCGGCGGUUCGACGACCACGUCCGGGAAUUGGUCGACGACAUUGUGCAGAGAAACGAUCUGCCCGGAGUCAGCCCGUUGUCGGAUAUGCACUUGGCCACUGACGAAACACAAAUCACCAUUUCCGGCAGUUUGAAGCUGAUUAAGAAGGAAAUGUUUUUGAGUUCGCCGUACGGUUACGUGAAGCUCGAUUUUUCCGAAGCCGGCCAUGUACAGCCGUUGUUCAUGAACCAGAUAGCCGUCGUCGUCGGAACCAAUCCGGGCACCGAGAUGUUCAAAGUCAGGAAAAUAUUCACCAACGCUUCGCUGCCGUUGCCCACGCAGCUGCCAAGCUUUUGCCAAGGCAACCUGAACAUGAUGAUAGCGGCUGGACCAUUCUUCAGCGAAUCGUCUCCCCACGGAGUUUUUUUGAAAAACUUUAUACAAAAAGCCAUCGAAUCGCGUGCGUCGGUCGUCGUAUUGCUCGGGCCGUUGUUCGAAUCGGAUUUUGGCGCUCAGUUGAACAAAGCCACUUCAGACGGCCUGCAAAAGUGUUAUGACGAUAUUAUGGAAGCCAUCCUGUCGCCGUUGUUUAGCAACACGCAAACGCACAACGCCAAAGUGGUGUUGCUCAGCUCGUGGAAAGACGCUGCGAGUUUUGCCUGUUAUCCUACACCGCCCAACGUCGAGACCAGACUGCCCAACGUGUUCCCGGGUAACGUGUUCGCGGCAUCGGAUCCGACCGUGUUCACUAUCGACAACAUAACAGUAGCGGCCAAUGCCAGCGACGCCAUCAUGGACUUGCACGUUUCUUCCAUCAACCAGUCCUCCGAAGAACUGUUCACGAAACUGUGCAAACAACUGGUGUGGCAACGCAGUUUGCAUCCGUCAUACACGGCCAGCCCUACGGUGCCCGUCGAUCAACUGCUUUGGCUGGAGCAUUGUUCUUUGAAACGAAACACUCCGCACGUUAUACUGAUGAGUUCACAACUGCGUACCUUCAUACGAGUGAUCGAAGGAUGUUUGGUCGUCAACGUCGGCCAACUGGUCAAGCACAAUUCGCAAAAGCAACACUUGUCCGGAACGUACGGCAACGUUCGGGUAGCUCCGCCCGACGACGGCAAGUGGUCAGUUGAAAAAUGUAUAUCAGCCCAAGUCUUGCACAUAUAACUGAAUCGUUGUUAACCGUGUCGACCUGCUGACGUGUCUCGAUCGACGAUCAAACGACGCGGUCCAAACAUUCGGAUCUCUAUUUUCUUAAGCACAACAAAGGAUUAGAUAAUAAUAUUAAGUUAAGUUUUGUGUAUAUAAAUAAUUUAUUUUUUUAAAUAAUAUAUAUAUAUAUUUUUUUUUAUUGAUAUUAAAACGUUUUUUGUUAUA